GUCAAGGUCACUUUUUCGAUCCUCUUCAACACCCAAACGAACAGCUCCCCAUCCGUAACUUCCAACUUCGCAAGGGGAAGGCAAGAUGGGUCGCGUUAUUCGAAACCAGCGAAAGGGUGCUGGCAGCAUCUUCAAGUCUCACACUCGCCUCCGCAUCGCUCCCGCCAAGUUCCGGUCACUGGAUUUCGCAGAGCGACAUGGAUACGUCCGAGGUGUCGUGAAGGAUAUCCUCCACGAGCCCGGCCGAGGAGCACCUCUUGCCCGAGUCCAGUUCCGGGAUUCCUACCGGUUCAAGAAGCACACCGAGUUCUUCAUCGCCAACGAGGGAAUGUACACUGGCCAAUUCAUCUACGCCGGAAAGAAGGCAAACCUGACCGUCGGCAACAUCCUGCCGCUGUCUUCCAUCCCCGAAGGUACCGUUGUGACAAACGUGGAGGAGAAGGCCGGUGACCGAGGCGCUCUCGGCCGUACUUCUGGCAACUAUGUGACCAUCAUUGGCCACAACCCCGACGAGGGCAAGACCAGAAUCAAGCUGCCCUCUGGCGCGAAGAAGGUUGUGAGCAACCAGGCGCGAGGCAUGAUUGGUAUUGUUGCUGGUGGUGGCCGGACAGACAAGCCCCUCCUCAAGGCGUCCCGUGCGAAGCAUAAGUUCGCCGUCAAGCGCAACAGCUGGCCCAAGACUCGUGGUGUUGCUAUGAACCCCGUUGACCAUCCUCACGGUGGUGGUAACCAUCAACAUAUCGGCAAGGCCUCCACGAUUUCGAGGUACGCUGUCCCCGGUCAGAAGGCGGGUCUUAUUGCUGCGAGAAGAACUGGUCUGUUGCGCGGUACCCAGAAGACGAAGGAUUAAGGCUUUCAAGGUUCGACAUGCUGGGCUGGGGUUCAUCGGAUUGCAUUGGUCUUUGCUUUGUAGGUACGGUACUGCGGAGGCAGGAGGAAAGCAUGCUUCCCUUGCCAGUGCUCUGGCCGCAAAGGAAUACAAAAAAAGAUUCCCAAAUUCGACGACGUUUACGGUUCUACGAAUUGUGGCCCUCUGGCAGUUCCGAAUGGGUUGUACGUACCUGACUUGAGUAAUCUUCCAAGGCGCCGUGAUAAGCCCUCCUGAUCCAAAGUGUGCCGACCGUUUCUCGUACAGCGGCCCCAGCGCUCCGUCUCAGUUACUCCUCCGUCAUUUCAAUCCUCGCGACGACCCCGGCGUCUCCCAUCCCCAAAACGUGACGGCCUCACUCAUCAACGUGGGAAGGUGGGCGGGUGUGGCUAUUCUUAACCCCUUUGAUCUCAUUUCCAACCGUGGAGGAC